CGGUGCACACUUUGUUGAUCCGGGCCGACGCAUCGUGAGCUUUUACGCCGACGCAUCGAUGCGAACCGGUGAAUCUCCCCAUCCCCACUCCAGAGAUUCAAACCCCCUCCUGCGUGAUGCGUCUCUACGGAGGUUCCUUUAAUGCAGCGUCGCUCCUUCAGGGACGGGGGCGAGCGCCCAGGACCUGAUGGAGGACGAGGAGACGGAGGCCGCGGACGAAGACGAGGACGACGAGGCGGAAGUGGAGGACGACGAGAACGUGGAGCUGACGGAAGAAAAAGAGGAAGAGGAGGAGGCGUCGGUCGGAGAGGUGAAGGCGUCCCCCAACGCAGACACCACCAUCCUCUUCGUCAAAGGAGACGACUUCCCUGCCAACGAAAUCGUGAAGUUCCUGCUCGGUUUCUCCAACAAAGGACCGGAGAACUUCGUGGUGGAGUCUCUGGACGCCUCCUUCCGUUACCCACAGGAUUACCAGUUCUACAUCCAGAACUUCACGGCGCUGCAGCUCGGCAUCGAGGUUCCCGCCAGCCGGCAGGCCACCUUCGAGUACUCCUUCAUCCCCGCCGAGCCCAUGGGGGGGCGGCCCUUCGGCCUGGUCAUCAACCUCAACUACAAGGACGCCAACGGGAACAUCUUCCAGGACGCCGUGUUCAACCAGACGGUCACCAUCACGGAGCGCGAGGACGGACUGGACGGAGAGACCAUCUUCCUCUACGUCUUCCUGUCGGGCCUCGGGCUGCUGGUCGUCGUCGGGCUUCACCAGCUGAUCGAGUCCAGGAAGAGGAGACGCCCAGCGCCAAAGGUGGAGAUGGGGACCUCCAGCCACAACGACGUGGACCUCAGCUGGAUCCCUCAGGAGACCCUCAACCAGAUCAUGCAGAGUCGCAGAGACAAAGCGUCUCCUAGAAGAUCUCCUCGCAAGAGGAACCAGAAACGCUCAGCCGGCUCGGAUGAGUGACGGUCGCCAUGGCGACGGUCCACAGAGGACGGAUGAAGACGGGACGAGUGGGGACUCGUUCCACUGAGAGACUUUAAACACACAGGGAUCAUGUGACUGGUUUUAUCUGCUCGUUUCCUCUGUGGGAGACACAGCGUUGAUGGAUUCAUUCCAUCCAGAGGAAACGAGCUUCUGCUUUCAUUUUGUUUUUUAAAUGUGCAGGAAAUAAAGUUUGAUUU